AUGUUAGUUUUCGUAAGAAAUGGAAAUAAAGUGUCACUAUCCCAAAUUACAUCUGUUCUAGAUAAUCUGAUUCCUACUCUGAUCGAUUUCCCAAAACACUUUUACACACAAGUCAUAGUACAAGCGCCUUUAGCUGUUGACUCAUUCUUUUUACUCAGCGGUUUACUGGCCUCCUACAUUUUCUUCAAGAAAGUGCUCAAAAGCAAAACUAUUCGGAAUCCACGAAAUCCAUUAAUGUGGUUGAUGAUCUACAUCAAGCGGUAUACGAGGCUUACACCAACAUAUGCCGUAAUAAUGCUGUUCGAUGUUACAUUGUUCACUUACGUCUCUUCUGGACCAUUUUGGACGCCUAUUGAAAAGACGGGAUGUCGCAUAAGUUGGUGGACAAACUUCAUCUACAUGAACAAUUUCCUGCUUCAGGACAAGGAAUGUGUGAGUGGUUUUUGGAUGAUGGGCUUAGGAUAUAUCACUUAA